CCCGGAGCACGGCGCGGGCCGGCGGGGGAAGGCGCUGCCGUCGCACCGCUCCCCCCGGUCACCUUCGGCGGGCGGCAGCCAUGGUGUUCCUGCCCGACGAGUCGCGGUCGCUGCCGCCGCCGCCGCUGCUCAACAAGGGCUCGGUCUGGCUCGGCUUCGCGGGGUGGAUGACGGCGCUGUUGGACAACGCCUUCAACCAUCGCCCCAUCUUCGGAGCCGGCAUUCACCGGCAGGUCCUGUUGGCUACCCUGGGCUGCGUUGUGGGCUACCACCUGGUGAAACGCGCCGAGUACGUGCAUGCCAAGGUGGACAGGGAGCUGUGCGAGUACAUCAGGCAGCAUCCAGAGGACUUCCGGCGAUCAACAGGAAAGAAAAGAAUAGGGCAGCUCUUGGAGGAUUUCCAGCCAGUUCGCUGAGUGGUGACACAUCACAGAAUAAAUUCCUGCCAUCCUGAGAACUUCAGCAAGGUGGCUGCAACUCUUGAACCGUCCAUGGCUUAAAAGAUGAAACUUUACUCACUUUCAUAUAAUAAAAGCUUGAUUAAAUAGUUA